UAUAAGAUGAAUGCUGCCGCUGUGUCAGCUGCCUACAUGCCAGUCCAAUCUCUCGUGAUGAACUUUCAAGGGGAGGCCAAGGCCAGGGACCCUUUCUGUAGGCAGAAAGUCGUGUUCGUGAUGGGCGCCACUGGAACCGGGAAAUCCCGCCUCGCGAUUGAUUUGGCCACCAGGUAUCCUGCUGAGGUCAUCAACUCAGACAAAAUGCAGGUCUACAAGGGCCUCGACAUCGUCACUAAUAAGGUCAAGGAGGAGGAGUGGCGGGGUGUUCCACACCACCUCAUGUCGUUCGUGGACCCUGACUCCGACUUCACGGCCACCGACUUUCGGUAUCAUGCAUCCAAGGCCCUGCAGACAAUCUACUCGCGGGGCCGGAUCCCGAUAAUAGCUGGCGGAUCCAACUCUUUUAUUGAUGCCCUAGUGAACGACGACCCAGAGUUCCGGCUGAUGCAUGACUGUUGCUUCCUCUGGGUCGACGUUUCCUGGCCCGUGCUCCAGUCUUUCCUGUCCGAACGGGUUGACCAGAUGGUGAGGGAAGGGUUGGUUGAAGAGGUGAGGAGCCUGUACAGCCCCGAGGGUGAUUACAACAGGGGAAAUAGGCGAUCAAUUGGGGUCCCUGAGAUGGACCAGUACUUCCGAGCUGAGGCCACUGCUGACGAUCAGACCCGCAAGAGGCUUCUGGAGGCAUGCAUUGCCAAGAUCAAGGAGAACACUAGCAUUUUGACCCAACGGCAGCUCCAAAAGAUUCACCGGCUCAACAGCUUGUGGAACUGGAGUAUUCAUCGGAUCGAUGCCACAGAGGUUUUUUCGAAACGGGGGAAACUGGAGGCUGAUGAGGCAUGGAAGAGGCUUAUUGGGGGGCCGAGUGCCGUGAUCGUCGGCAAUUUCCUGUUCAAUGAGCAAUCCGCGGGCAUUCCAAUAUUGCCUACUACAAGAAAUAUCCAAAGUACUGAGGGUCAGUAACCGUUAGAAAAUCGUUCAAAAAGGCCCUUUUGGAGGGAAUUAUU